CUCAGCCCUGAAAGCAAGGAGUCUAAGGGAAGAGGUCAAGGUCUGAGGAAAGAAGUACUCGGAGUUCAGUGCCUUCAGCCCCACCUCGGAGGCAGCCGGCUCCGGGUUUGUGCCUGUCCCAGUUCCAGCGGGUGCGGACGGCCCAGCUGCCAGCCGCCCUUUGGCCGCACUGGGGACGUUUCUGGAGUCCGUCCGGAGGGCAAGAAGAAGGGCGGGGCAACAUCUCCGCACCGCCCCGGGGUGGCGGUCUCCCUGCAACACUCCUGCCUCCUAGCAACUACCCGGACAUCUAGGGAACCUUUCUGUGCACGUAGGAUCCCGGAAACAAAACCGGGAGCGGUCGCUCCGAGGCCCUUUCCUGUAGACUUCAGCGAUGGUUGUGUAACAAGCAGGGCAGGGCCACUCAGGCACCCAGAGAAGCAGCGCCGCCGUCCGCGCCAGGGAUCCCGGUACUCGUUGACCCCGCUCGGCCACGGAGCAGCAGCAGCCACAGUCCUGGAAGUCUGGCAUGGUAGCUUCCCAGUUCCAGGGGACAGGCAGCAAGCAGUCGUCUGUCCUGGCUUAGCAAGUACCACUUUGGAUUUCUGUGCAAGAAGGAAAUGAUCUUUCACCCUAUGAAACAAAGAACUCUUUAAAUCAUGGACAAACAAAACGGGCAAAUGAAUGCUCCUCACCCAGGAACAAAUUUCCCAGCUGCGUAUCCUCAAUAUCCUCCAGCAGCAUUCCAAGGACCUCCAGGACAUACUGGCUACCCAGGCCCGCAGGCGCCCUAUCCUGGAACUCAGGCAGGUCAUCCUGGCCCCUAUGCUAACUACUCAGUCCCACCACAUGGCUAUUCAGGUGCUGGUCCAGUGGGCUUUCCGGUCCAACACCAGCCAGUGUACAAUCAGCAAGGUGGACCUGCAGGGACACCGUGGAUGCCAGCACCACCACCUCCAUCAGACUGCCCACCAGGAUUAGAAUAUUUAACUCAGAUAGAUCAGGUACUGAUUCAUCAGCAAGUUGAGCUUCUAGAAGUCUUAACAGGUUUUGAAACAAAUAAUAAAUAUGAAAUUAAGAACAGCCUUGGACAGAGGAUUUACUUUGCUGUGGAAGAUACUGAUUGCUGUACUCGAAAUUGCUGUGGGCCUAAUAGGCCUUUUACUAUGAGAAUUCUUGAUCUUAUGGGCCGAGAAGUCAUAACUCUGGAGAGACCGCUAAGAUGUACCAGCUGUUGUUGCCCGUGCUGCCUUCAGGAGAUAGAAAUCUGUUCUCCUCCUGGUGUACCAGUGGGUUAUGUGUCUCAGAAUUGGCACCCAUGCCUGCCAAUGUUUACAGUCCAAAAUGAGAGGAGAGAGGAUAUACUAAAGAUUAGUGGUCCAUGUGUUGUGUGUAGCUGUUGCGCAGAUAUUGAUUUUGAGAUUAAAUCUCUUGAUGAAAAAAAUGUAGUUGGCAAGAUUUCCAAGCAGUGGACUGGUUUUGUGAGAGAGGCAUUUACAGAUGCUGAUAACUUUGGGAUCCAGUUCCCCUUAGACCUUGAUGUGAAAAUGAAAGCUGUCAUGAUUGGCGCCUGUUUCCUCAUUGAUUUCAUGUUUUUUGAAAGGACUGGAGGCCAAGAAGAGAGAGCAGGAGUGUGGUAGUGGAUGAAUAAAGUCUCCUCAGAAAGUGUGAAGUCUGUAUCCUGACUGGGACUAUGUAUAAGCAAAAUUCAUGGGGCUUUCUUUUUCUUUAUUGAAAUGACUGAUAAUUUGUGAAUUACACUGUGAUGCCUGAAGCUCCAGGUAUAUGAUUUCACUUUUUAAAUUAUAGAGCUUAUUUUCUGUAUCACUUAAUUAUAAAUGUUUUUAUACCUUUUCUUUCAUUUUAUACAUUUUGUAUUUUGUGUAUUUCUGAGAAAGGGCAUUAGAAUUUUUACAUUUAAACACAAAACUGCCUUUGAUAAAUUGGUUUAUUUAAAAAAAUUGCUUUAUUUUCAAUUAACAAAAUUAAUUAAAAUGAUUUCAAUAUAAAAUUAUACAUUAUUUUAUUAAACUUAGUUAAAAUUUAUAUGUAACAGCUGUUAUUUUACAAAUAUUUUAUAUUCAAAAAGGUUAAAAAUGAACAUAACUUCAGUUUGCUUUAAAAUUAUGUUCAAAUAAUGCUCAAGUUCAUAUUAUCAAGGAAAAAUAAGAAAUGUAUUUGUUUUUAUUCAGCAGUAAAACCACAUUUAACUUUUUAAUAUAAACUAUCUGUUACUAUGAUUUUCAUAUUGACAAUUACCAAUUCUUAAUGGAUUUCAGUGAAAAAGAUAUGAUUCUGUCCCAAAGAAAGACACUUUAUUUAAAGAUUCACUGAGUCUAAAACUUGAUUAUUGUUAUAAUUUUUGAGGUAAUUUGUUACACAUGGAAUGCUUUGUACCUAAUUCUAUCAUUCAUAGAGCACGGCAGUUAUAAGAUCACUCAGAUAUUUAUUAAAUAGAACAUAUAUAUUUCACCAGAGUAUGAACUUCACUAAUAGGCUAGUGGGUUAUAUAUGCCAACAAUCAAGUAACUGAAAUAAAAAAUUAUUGAUAUA